CCGUCCCUCCCUCUGCUGCUUCCCCCGGUGAUGCUGAGGCUUCAGCUGGCUACAGUCUGCCACUAGGCCCGGCAUCCUUGUCAGCUCUUCCCGGAUAUACACAGGGGCCGGUAGCAGCAGCAGGAAGUCACCGGUUUGUGAGAAGCGAUAAAUUCUUUGCUCUCUGGUGAGCUCUCCGGAAGCCGUAAGCUGCAUUAUAUCGCUGCCAUUAUGAAUGAAGUUACUAUUGUGAAGGAGGGCUGGUUGCACAAACGAGGAGAGUACAUAAAGACUUGGCGACCCCGAUACUUUCUCCUCAAGAGCGAUGGCACGUUUAUUGGCUACAAGGAGCGCCCACAAGAUGUUGACCAGCUAGAGACGCCAUUGAAUAAUUUCUCUGUAGCCAAAUGUCAGCUGAUGAAGACAGAGCGGCCGAAAGCAAAUACGUUUAUCAUCCGAUGUCUCCAGUGGACCACGGUAAUAGAGCGAACGUUUCACGUGGACUCUCCUGAGGAGCGGGAAGAAUGGACAAAAGCUAUCCAGGUGGUCGCCGACAGUCUAAAGAAACAGGAGGAGGAAAUGAUGGAGUUUAGGUCGAACUCACCCAGCGACAAUUCUGGAGCAGAGGAGAUGGAUAUUUCACUAAGUAAACCAAAACAUAAAGUG